AUGGACAAAAGACAGCCAGAGAGCAUGGCAAACGAAACGCUGGAUCCCGACACUUUUUACCUCCUUCGCGGCUCUCAGAACACCGAAACGGACGGAGUGGACUAUUGCAAUUUAAUGAACCACUACAACCUCGAGCCGCACCUGGCCAAGAUGACGGAGACGACGUUGCCCCGCACGUACCACCAUUUACUGCGUGGCCUUGGCGAAGCUCGAGAUUCCCUGACGCCCACUACCGAGACCACAGGAGAUUUGAUGGCUCUGCUGGAAGGCGUGCCGUUCGAUCGUCCGAUUGAGCCGCUGCCUGAGGCUGCAGUGAAGAGCGCCCUGCAGUUGCCUGCAGGAGGCAGCAAGAGCGGCCCCGUGCUGCAUCCUUUGUAUCGGGGCAAGACCCCGGGCUUGAUCCACACGCCGCCUCCCACGGACACGGAACGAGCUGCUUGUGCUGAGCAACAAAAGGGCAAGUCCAAGGACGAGAAGGACCGUCGCGAGAAGAAGGAGAAGAAGAAGCGCAAGCGAGAGCGCGAAGACGCUGCGAUGCUGCAAAAGCUGCUGGCACCGCUUGUGGCGGAGCUGCGAGCGCUCACGUGGGCUGGCUGGGUCGUGAGUGGCAAGGCGGGGAACCCAUUUCUGCAGAAGUUCACGACCGACAAUUGCAAGCGACUCGGUGUCCCCAACUACUUUGACUAUGUCAAGACGCCCAUGGACUUGACCCGGAUGAAGGAGAAAGUCGAGCGGGCCGAGUACACGAAGAUCGAGCAGUUCACGACGGACAUUAAGCUCAUGGCAGCCAACGCCAAGACGUUCAACCGCGUGGGCGAACCCGUGCACCAGAUGGCAAUUGAGAUCGAACGCCUCUACGAGUCGAAGCUGUCGGCGUACAAGAAAAUGUUCGACGAGCUGCAUCAGGAGCGCAAAAAGCGCAAGAAAGACAAGAAGAAACGCAAAGACAAAAAGAAGGAAAAGUGA